GUGUAGAUGGAAAACGGAGACGACACAAUAGAACGGAAACAGAAAUACAGGCGCCAAACAAUGGCAGUUAACGAAUUUAUGCACCCACGAAAUCGAUAUCGAGAAAAGCCAAACUUUCAGCAUCUAGUUCAACUAUUUCCUGAGCUUAAUGAGGUGGCCAGUGUGGACUUGGCCGGGAAAGUAAAGUUAGACUACCGAAACAGACAAGCAGUUCAUCUGCUAUCAAAGUGUUUGCUUGAUCGCGACUUCGGCUUGAAGCUGGAACUGCCGCCAAACAAGCUGGUCCCAACACUUCCCCUGCGCUUAAACUACAUCCAUUGGCUGGAGGAUAUCGGAUCCGUAGCACAAUGGCAGGAAAAGGAAAAAGUUCGUGGUAUUGAUAUUGGGUGUGGAGCAUCCUGUAUCUAUCCACUGCUAGCAGUGGUACAAUCCAAUCAACACUGGCACAUGGUUGCCAUCGAAAAGUCGGUAGACAGCUUGGAAAGCGCUCAGGCAAACGUUACCCGAAAUAUGUUGCAACAUUGCAUUAGCGUGAAAUCUCAAAAGCUAGAGGGCAAUACAAUUCUACUGGACGUGCUGAAGGACUUGCCCGAGGAACGGUUCGAUUUCUGUAUGUGCAAUCCACCGUUUUUCGAUAGCAAUUCGAACGAAUUAAAACCAAACGAUCGCACCGGUAGACGGCGGGAACCUUCGAACGCUAGUACGGGAUCGCUUGAAGAACUGAGCACUGAAGGUGGGGAGGUAAAAUUUAUAGAACAAAUCAUAGAAGAAAGCCUACAUCUAAAGGAUCGCAUCACGGUGUACACGACGAUGAUAGGGCAUAAAAAAAGUUACGAAAAGAUAUUGCGAUCGCUGGAAAGUAGAUCCAUACAGAACAUCACCGUGAGUCGGUUUUGUCAAGGCAACACGACACGGUGGGCCGUAGCAUGGAGUUUCGAUGCAAGUGUACCGCUGUCCCUCGUGCCCAACAGUCUUGCGGCAAAUGGUAAUGGUGUAUCGCCUGGCAAAAAGAAAAUCCCGGGAAAAGCGUUGUCUUGCCGAAUUUUCACCACCGAUGAUAUGGACUCAGUCCAAUCGGCUCGAAAGUACAUCACCAGUAAACUACAAGCAAUAUCCAUUAAUGUGGAUAGUAGUGGGGGCGAAUUAAACAAAACGAAUGAUAUUUUACUAAAAAUAACGGCUCGAGAGAACACGUGGUCACAUCAGAGGAGAAAAAGACGCGCCGCACAAAUCAGUUCACAGGAACCGAAUACAAUACACAUUUCAAACGGAAAUGAAACAGAACAGCAAAAUGGAAGUAACGAGAAGAAACCAAGACUUGAUGACACAUUGCAACUCGAGGGUGACUCCCGUGAAACAGAAUGCACCGAUGACCCUUAUUUGACUGCAGCAUUAAACCUACAGCGGAAGAACGACGGUUAUUAUGUAGCGCUUCAGUACAUCGCAGGUAUUGCGGGAAAGGAUGCAGUGAAUCAGAUACUGCAGUAUUUAAAAAAUACGAUCAAAGCAGAAUCUACCACAGAUGAUGAUAGACAAGGUACCAAGUGCCUGUCAGUUGAGUAG